AUGGCGCAGGUGCAGCACAAGCGCGUGCGCAUUGUCGAGCAGCGGCAGCCCGUCCACCCGCUACCAGUGGUGCCCGAGGUGAUUGUCUCGCCGGCCCCGCCCGCGUCGCCUGACGAAUGGCAGGCGACGCCGACGACACCGGCCGGCGACAACCAGCUGCCCCGCAAGCCUCUCGCGCGGGGCAAAUCGAAGCGCAAGACCAUCAUGGAGUUUAUCGACGGGUGGUGGGAUCUGGGGCUGCUGGAGCAGCAGAGGCAGACCUUGCUCGCCAGGGCUGCUUCUCGCAAGAAGUGA